AAAAAGGAACUAUAUAUCGAUAAUUUGCAAAGCAAGGAAAAUUUCGAAGAAAUUUUCCGUAACACCGGCCUAAAUGUGAAGGAUAGAUUUGUGGUAGGAAUGUGUAAAUUGGACGAAAUUAUGAAG